UACAGCGAGGGAGGUAAUACUCAUAGCAAAGAGUGCCCCAAGCGAAGCCUGGCUCUAAUCCCUAGUCCUUAUCCCCUCGGAAAGAUAGGGAGGGAAAGAGCGACCAACAAAAAUCCCAAGCUGGUCUUGGUACCGAAUUUUCUUUUCUUUUUUUUUUGAUUUGAUAUUAAAUUCCUCAAUACUUCCUCUGUGAGGAAAGCGAGAAAAGAUGGCAAGUGCUUCGACUGCGUCUCUUGCGCGGGCAGUUGCCGCGUGCUCUGCUCGUCCGCCUCCUACAGAGGCGCGGAGGGGACAAGCUGCAGAUCAUGUGGACGCAAAGGGAGCUAACCGCGACGCCCCGAUCUCGAUCUCGAUCUCCCUCUCCCUUUCUCUCAGCUCGUCUGCCGCUGCCGCCGCUUCUGCGGAUGCCGUGAGCAGGCGCUACGGCCUGUCGGCCUGCUUCCUCACUUUUCUCGCCUUCUCCUCCUCCUCCUCCUCCUCCUCCUCUGCUCGGGCCGCCAUCCUGGAGGCCGACGACGACGAGCAGUUGCUGGAGCGCGUCAAGCAGGACCGGAAAAUAAGGCUUCAGCGACAAGGCGUCAUCAGCUCUUCCGGAGAAGAGACAGGAUAUCUGCAAGAACUAGUCUACAAACUGAGCAAAGUAGGCCAAGCUAUUGAGAACGACGACCUCCCUGCAGCAAGUUCUGUUCUAGGCCCGAAUGCCGAUGCCGAAUGGGUGCAGCAGGUUAAUACAGCAUUCAUGAAGCUUCUAAUUCGGUUCCCUUAUCAGCUGAGCUCCAGCCCGGAGGAGAAAGUUGAGGUGGAGACAUUCAAUUCUUCCUUGGCAUCUCUAUUUACAUCAGUUGGUAAGCGCGAUGUCGAGUCUUCUAAGAUGGCUUUUGUGUCCUCUGCCGCCGCAUUGGAGAAAUGGAUAGGAUUGACCGGCUUGGUCAGUCAACUAAAAGGCCUUUGAGCAGAGUCAAUGACUGGAAAACAGUGAGCCUAACGCUUCCCUUGUUGCUUUGAGAUUGUCCUCUGCUGUCUCCAUACCAGCUGGAUAUUCUUUUCUCUUCCGCAGCUGUAACUAAUUGUGUUACAUCUUCAUUGGUUAUAAAAUCUUGGAUAUUGGUUGUGUUACCGAAUGAAACCUCCCUUCUCCUAGUGUUUUAAA